AUGUCAGAUCUGGAAGACUUCAGCAAAACAGCAGGGCACUGGAACACAUCGGACAGCUACCAGCUGAAUCCCACCAGUGUGAUCGUGCCCGUGGUGUUCUCGCUCAUAUUCCUGCUGGGGACCAUUGGGAACAGUCUGGUCCUGGCCGUCCUCCUCCGCAGCGGCCAGGUGGGAUACAACACCACCAACCUGUUCAUCCUCAACCUCAGCGUGGCCGACUUCUUCUUCAUCAUCUUCUGCGUGCCUUUCCAAGCCACCAUCUACUCCCUGGAGGGCUGGGUGUUCGGCUCCUUCAUGUGCAAGGUGGUCCACUUCUUCAUCAACCUCACCAUGUACGCCAGCAGCUUCACGCUUGCCGCCGUCUCGGUCGACAGGUAUCUGGCCAUUCGCUACCCUCUUCGCUCUAGAGAGUUGAGAACGCCCUGUAAUGCCGUGGUUGCCAUGGUAGUCAUCUGGGGACUAUCAUUGAUCUUCGCAGGACCGUAUUUGAGCUACUACGACCUCAUAGAUUACGCCAACAGUAACGUUUGUGUUCCAGGUUGGGAGGAGUACAACCGCAAGGUGCUGGACACGUGCACCUUUGUGUUUGGUUAUGUGAUCCCUGUGCUCAUCGUGAGCCUGUCCUACACCAGAACCAUCAAGUACCUGUGGACUGCUGUGGACCCUCUGGACGGGAUGUCAGAGUCCAAGAGGGCUAAGCGCAAAGUCACCAAAAUGAUCAUCAUCGUCACAGUGCUCUUCUGCAUAUGCUGGCUGCCCUAUCAUGUGGUGAUCCUAUGCUAUCUGUACGGAGACUUUCCCUUCAACCAGACCACAUACGCAUUCAGGAUCCUCUCUCACUGCAUGGCCUAUGCCAACUCCUGCCUCAACCCCAUUGUGUACGCCUUGGUGUCCAAGCACUUUCGCAAAGGCUUCAAGAAGGUGUUCAGCUGCAUUCUCAGUAAGAACGGCAGGAACAAAGUGCAUGGGGUACAUGUAGCCAACACAGUGCCUGGGUUCCAGGCGGGGUCCACAGAGGUGUCACAAAUGAAUGAGGACAAUGUACGACAAAAUGACUGUGAGAUGAGCAGCCGGCCCAUUGCCGAGCCGAGGGAAGCAACUAUAAGCUUGAACAUACUCUUCCAGCAGGUCAAUACUCCAUCUAAUUGUCUUUUUAAUUGA